AUGAAUGAGCAAGGCGAAUACCCACCAGGAACCUCAACAUGGCAAUUUAAUUUUAAAUUUAAUUUAACGGAAGAUAUGUAUGCACAAGAUUCCAUAGAGCUGCUCACCUCAUCUGGGAUCCAGUUUAAGAAACACGAGGAAGAGGGCAUUGAAACUCACUAUUUUGCAGAGUUGUUCAUGACCUCUGGAGUGGUGCUUUGUGAAGGAGUAAAAUGGCUUUCUUUCCACAGUGGCUAUGAUUUUGGCUAUCUAAUAAAGAUACUGACAAAUUCAAACUUGCCUGAGGUUGAGUUGGACUUCUUUGAAAUUCUUCGGCUAUUUUUUCCAGUGAUAUAUGAUGUCAAAUAUCUCAUGAAAAGCUGCAAAAACCUUAAGGGUGGACUGCAAGAAGUGGCUGAACAGCUGGAGCUGGAGCGGAUAGGACCUCAGCACCAAGCAGGCUCAGACUCUUUAUUGACAGGAAUGGCAUUCUUCAAAAUGAGAGAAAUGUUCUUUGAAGAUCACAUAGAUGAUGCAAAAUAUUGUGGUCACUUGUAUGGCCUGGGAUCUGGAUCAUCAUAUGUUCAGAAUGGCACAGGGAAUGCUUAUGAAGAGGAAGCCAACAAGCAAUCAUGA